UUUCUACAAUGGAACACGACAGUGAUUCUUCAAGACAAUCGACAAAACCUGCAGCAACGACCAGGACAAAGACAUUCCGUUCAUUUGGCGUUGUCAUUGUUCUUGUGCUAUUUAUUUUCGGCUACUCAGCUUUAACGAUGAAUCACAGUCGUUCUGUUUAUGACAGAGGUACAACAGAUACAAUACCGCCUCCUGUAGAAGUUGCAUCAAGAGCAGGUCCAAAACAUCGUACAUUCCAUACUGAUACCAAAGGCAGUUAUGCUGCCUCGAGUGACAAUAGGGAGGGAAAUGGAAUCAAACCACAGGAACCCAAAGAUGUAAACGUGACUCUGAGGGAAUCUUUUCUUGAUAAAAUAACGGCGUCAAUUGGUGAUAAUGUUGUCAGCAAGGCUAAAAUCAUUUUAAUUAUAGCAUAUAUGAGAACUGGUUCUACUCUAACUGGUGCUAUCUUCCAGAGUUUUCCAGGAACAUUCUAUGUCUUUGAGCCAAUUAGGCUUAUUGUAGGUUUCUUUAAUAGUAUGGCACGCAACAAAAUGCAGCGAGGAACAUUAAAGUUUGCCAAUGGGACACAAAGAAACGUGUUGCUUGAGGAUAAACAAAGUAUUAUACUGGACGAAAUUAAUAGCUGGCUAAAUUGUAAACUAACAUCUUUAAAUAUACAUACGUUGUCAAAUCCCCAUCAUGCACAGCAUACAAAAAUCAUGGGAGCGUUUACAAAUUGCACGAAAGAAGAAAAGAAGAAACAAACGCCUAAUUUGCGAAGAUGUUUCGAUGAAGCAACAAGUAUGUGUAAGAAAGCGCCGUUGAGGAUUAUAAAAUUUAUACGUUUAAAGAUGAAAGAUGCAGCAAAGUUGUUAUUAUUAUAUCCCAAUUUGAAAAUAAUUCAUUUAGUAAGAAAAUCCUAG